GGUGGCCAUGGGUAGUGGUAAGUCUGGAGUGCACGUUGUUGUUCAGCCCAGAGAGGAAGCAGGAGGAGUUGAGAACUCAGCCCUAGUUAACAGCCGAAGUCAAGAUCUGAUCUGACCUUUAAGAGACCCACAAAAGGGUGUAGGUGAAAGGUUACGGCUGGCCGGGUGUUGGGAAGUCCUCGCCCAUGCUGACGGGUUGAGAAAGGGCGUUGCUGGCAGGGUAGAGCUCCCUCAGUACUCCACGUAUAGUGAAGUGUGCUCUUAUCAACAGCCAACACAUCUAGGGGUGUGUUAGGGACAGCAUGCUAGUGUCACCAAAUGCCCUGUCACCAACGUACCAGCAGAACAGCUCAGAAUACAACAAGCCACAGAACAAGAAGAGCAGAACAAGACUGUUCCUCCCAACACCAGGCUUCCAGUCUCCAGGCCUCAGCUAGUGGGUUUCGAUCUCCAGACUCUCGAUCAACUUUUGGGUUCCAAUCUCCAGUAUUGGUCAGUCGGUGCAGACUGGAGUCACUGAGCCUGGUGUACGGAGGGUCCCGAGGUUCACACCCAGAGACGGAUAUCCUGCACCGACAGGCCUAUGCCACCCCUCAUCCUCUCCAAGGCUAUGCCACCAAUCACCACCCAGCAGGCCUCUCGGGCCUCUUCGAGACAGGCCUGCAUCACGCCAGCAGCACCACCCCUGACGCGUCCGUCAUGAACCUCAUCUCAGCCCUGGAGUCUCGGACACCACAGCCCGGCCCUUCUGCAUCUUCCCUCCUCUCUCAGUUCAGGACGCCAUCUUGGCAGACAGCCAUGCACACGCCAGGACCAGCUGAACUCUUCAUUUCCGGAGCUAUCCCGGGUUCAGGAACGUUCCCGUCCUCGUCCACCCUCUCAGCCUAUCAGCACCCAGCCUCGUUCAGCGGCCGCAGCUUUCCGGUCACCUCGUCGCUCACCCUGCCGGACGCCACCUUCAGCCCCAGCUCCAACGGGUUGCUCUCGCCCCAUGACCCCCUGCUGCACAUCAAGUCCUCGCAGUCCAGCGUGCCCUCGUCGCUGACCUUUGACCGGCUGGGCAGCGCCGUGCUGGGCACCGGCCUGCCCGCCCAGAGCUCAGCCUACCGCACGGCCCAGGAGUCAGCCUCCCGCCACCUCCAGUCCCAGUUCAACCUACUGUCCUCGCCGCUGGGCCCCACCGAGCAGGCCUCGCAGCUUUACAACACCUCGGUCUUUUCCGGCUCGCCCGCCUCAGGCAUUGAGAGGGCCAUCCCCAGGCAGGACAGCGUCAUUAAGCACUACCAGCGACCCUCCAGCGCCCAGCCCCAGCUGCCAGCCUCUCACCACUCUCUGCAGCACUACCUAAGCUGCGGCGGCAGCCACGGCUUCCAGCAGAUGGCACGGCACCCGGCCCUGCCCUGCAGCCCCUUGGGAGAGCCCUCGCCUGCCAGCAGCGAGGGCAGCCAGAAGGGCUCGCAGGCCCGAGGCACCGGGGAACCCUCACAGAGCUAUCGACCCAUCAUCCAGUCACCCGGCUACUCCUCGGCCUCCUCCUCCUCCAAGUCUAAGAGCUACUCGUCCUCCAGGCAGGCGGGUCGCUCCACCAGCACCCCCAAGUGCCAAAGCAUCUCCUCCACGGGGCAGUCCCACCACUACUCGUCGGCGGCGCCCAAGGCCAGCUCAGUCAUCUCCAGCCAGCCUCAGGCCUACUCACCCGGUCAGACCCAGAGCCUGUUGACCCUGACCCAGUCGCAGAGCUACAGUGUGGCCCAGGCCCAGGCCCAAGCUCAGGUCCAGGCUCAGAGUCUGGCCUCCGUCACCCAGUCGCAGGCCUUCGCCUCCAGCCAGUCACAGGACCCCGGCAGUGGCGGCAAGACACAGAGCUACUCACCGGCCCAGCUGUCAGGCCUGGCCUCGGUGGGCUCCAUCCAGAGUUAUGGUGUCCAGUCAGAGCCCCACUCGGCACCAACACAGGGCUACGUGACGGCCCACUCCCAGGGCCUUCCCGUCGCCAGUCCUUCCCUCAGCUACGCUCCGGGACAUUCCCCAGCCCUGACCAGCCAUGGGCCGUCCAUCGUCUACUCAUCGGCUAGCCAUGUGCAGGCCCUGCCUGACUCCAGCCCCUCGCCCAUCAUCCGGCCGCUCCAGUCGCCGGGCACCGGCCGCUCCCAGGGCGUGCCCUCGCCAGGCCAGCCCCAGAAGUACCUGCCCUCAGUCCUCUCACCUUCCUUCAUCCAGUCCUCGCACUCCCAGGGCUUCCAGUCGCCCCAACCCUCCAUGGAGAGGGCUGGGGCCUAUGGCAAGGCCAAGCCCGACUCGGAUCUGCUGUCCUCAGAGAGGACGGAGGACGAGGACUUCCUCAUCCAGCACCUGCUAGACUCCCAGAGCCCGCCGCGUGUCUCUACCCAGAGCCUGGUCGAAUGUGAGGAACGGGCCCCCAAGGGUCUGGCCUACGAGAUGUCCAAGCCUGAGGAGCGCUACCACCUCCAGAGCGUCAUCCGCACCAACUCCAGCCUGGACAGCCAGGUGCUCGAGAUGUCCCUGCAGGGCCUGAAGGAGAAAAAGAAGGCAGAGAGGCCCAAGGAGUACGUGGUCCGCUCGUCCACGGAGGCCCUGGCCACCACUGUGGUCCACUACAGCCACCAGGCCAACAGCAUCGACAGCCUGGCCCGGGACAUCAAGAAGUCGGUGGAUCACUUACAGGGCAAGGAGCUGGCGCAGGGCCACGGCUACCUGACGGAGGGAGGCGACCCGUCAUCGCGGGGCCAUCGGCUGGAGCCCCACGCCAUGAUGCAAGGGCAGCCAGCCUCCCAGCUGAUGCUGGAUGCCUCGCCCGAGAUGCCCCUGGCCCUGCCCCACCAGGGGUCCGGCCAGCCCUCUCAGCUGCUGCCCUCGGUGCUGACCCACACCCAGAGCCAGCCCCCGCCACAGCCCCCUCCGCAGCCGCCGCAGCAGCCCCCGCCGCAACCCCAGCAGCCGCAGCCCCGCAAGGUGCCGUCCGCCAUGGACGUCCACCUGCUCGAGCCCCAGCGGCUGCAUUCGGAGGCCCCCUCUCCCCAGCUCCAGAUGCUGGAGGUGCACCUGCACCCCCACCCCCCGCUGCUGGACUCCCGGCAGAUGCCGGCUGAGCCCCCCUCGCCCCGCCUGGCCCCCCCACCGCCCCCGCCGCCCCCUCCCCAGCCGCCCGGCGAGCGCCUGGCCCCGGCCCCCACCGCUCCCGAGGGCCUGGCCCAGGCUGAGCGCCUGCCCCCACCCCAGGAGAUGCAGGAGUUCCUGGAGCCGGAGCUGCACCUGGAGAACCACCUGUCCCAGGGCGGGCCGGUGGCCCCCCAGUCCCACCUGAUGGGCGAGGGGGGAGGCGAGGGCCUGCAGCUGGACCAGCCCGAGGCCCGGCAGCAGGUGGCACCUCCUCCGCUGGAGCCCAAGGACCAGUACGGUUCGGCAAGCCCGUCCAGUGGCAAGGGGCGCUUCGUCCCACUGACCUCGAUCUGCUUCCCGGACUCCUUACUGCAGGACGAGGAGAGAAACUUCUUCCCUGGCAUGGAGGACAUGUUCUGCCAGGCGGCGUGCGGGGGCGAGGAAUAUAGCAAGCACGCCGGCGAGGAGGGGGGCCAGGCCCUGGAGCGGCCUGACGCCAUGAACAUGAUCCACUCCAACCAGACCUUCCCCGGCUACUGCCCCCAGGAGGGGGCUGGCGGGGGCGGAGGGGCGGGAGGGGGACAGCAGAGCGUCCACCUGGAUCUCGAGCAGGUGUCCAUGAAGCCCGAGAUGGAGCCGGCGGCCUUGACCCAGCCGAGCCAGCGGCCUGCCGGCUCCGAGCUAAAGUCGCCGCUCACCACCGCCAGUUUCUGCAGCAUGAAGAACAGGAAGUUCCUCAAGACAUCGUCCUUGCACCUGCUGAAGAAGAAGGACUCGCCCCCGCAGCCUCCCAAGAAGACCUACGCCCAGGAGUAUGAGUUUGAGGACGAGGAGAAGGAGGACGUGCCGGCCGACAUCCGGCUGAACAGCCGGCGGCUGCCAGACCUCCUGCCGGACCUGAUCUCCAGCUGCCGAGCCCGGGGCAGCAUCAGCCCCGUCUCUGACAUCGACUUCUGCGCCGGCAGCCUCAAUGGCGGCAAGAAGAAGCCCAAGCGGGCCUCCAAGCCCAAGGAAAAGGGGCCGCCACGCCCCCGAGGCAGGCCCCGGAUCCGGCCCCUGGAGCCCCCGCAGGGCGUGGCCCUCGAUGGCCCCAAAAAGAGAGGGCGGGGCCGCGGCAGGGGCAAGAAACUGGCCGAGGGCGAGAACGAGGGCUUCAAGAUGGAGAAGCAGGCAAAGCCCAGCAAGGGCAAGGUUCAAGGGUCGAAAGCAAGCGACCUUUUACCUGUGGACGUUCCAGAGACUCUACCGACAGAAAAUGUGCUGGAGAAUAGUCAAACCCAAGAGAAGAUCAAGAAAAAAAUAAAGGAGGUGGAGGAGAAACAGCCGGAGAUGAAAUCCGGCUUCAUGGCAUCGUUCCUGGACUUCCUGAAGUCAGGCAAGAGGCAGCAGUUGCCCGCGACAACGUCCAGCCCCCAGAAAGGGCGGCCAUCUUCAGUCAUCAACCAGCCCACACAGGCCCCAUUUGGCCUGGCGCAGUCGAUGCUGUCAGGCCCACUCGACGCCUCGGAAAGCGACAGCCUCAUGAGCUGCACCAGCCCCUGCAAGAGGUUCGACGAGGAUCUGAAGAAGAAUCUGGAGACCUUGCCAUCGUUUUCCUCGGAUGAGGAAGAUUCCGUCAGCAAGAACCAGGACCUACAGAAGAGCAUCACAUCCGCCAUCUCGGCACUCUACGACCCAAUGGAUCGCAAGGAAACUGACAACACAGAGAACAUUACCACGGAGGAUAAAGAAACGAGCAGUUCACCGUCAGAAGUCUCUCAGCCAGAGCAGGCCGCACCUCCAUCCCCAGACUUGCCUAAGGAACCAGUCCCCGAGGAGGAAGCUUCACCGGCCCCCGAGUCCCCACCACAGCCGGAGGAGAGGGAGGCUCCAUCCCCGGUCAAGCUCGCCAAGCCACAAGACUCGGUGGCCAUCUGUGGAGAGACAGACGAAGAUGACGAAGAGAGUGGAGGGGAGGGAGCCAUUCGGAAGUGGGACGAAUUUGUCGUUAAAAUCGAUGACAUUAAGGAGCUGAAGGUGGCCAUGCAGAACGGGACGGAGCCGCCCCCCAUCUGGCGCGUGCAGAAGGCCUCACUGCAGCGGUUCGUGCCCGAGGUACGGGAAGGCAGGCGGCACUUCGCCUCCAGCACCCAGUAUGUGGAGUACCCAGAUGAGGUGAAGAUCGACUACCAGCGCCUCUACGUCAAGUUCCUGGAGAACACGGACAAGAGGGACUACGUCCGGAUCUGCUCCAAGAAGCCCUGGCACCGGCCCCUGCACCUGGCCAAGAAGCAGGAGUCGGUGGCCAUCUCCGGCCAGACGGACGAGGAGGAUGAAGAGAGCGGUGGCGAAGGCGUGUUCCGGGAGCGCGACGAGUUUGUGGUGAAAAUCGAUGACAUUAAGGCACUCAAGCUGGCGAUGCAGGCAGGGCGCGAGCCCCCUCCCGUCUGGCGCGUGCAGAAGGCCCUGCUGCAGAAGUUCACCCCCGAGAUCCGCGACGGGCAGCGGCAGUUCUGCGCAACUAGCAAGUAUCUCGGGUACUUUGGUCACGCCAAGAAUGAGUACCAGCGUCUCUACGUGAAGUUCCUGGAGAACGUGAACAAGAAGGACUACGUGAGGGUGUGCUCGAAGAAACCUUGGCAUCGGCCCCAGCAGUCCCUGAGGCGCCAGAACCAGGCCAAGAGCACUCCGAACCGGGUCCCGGUCGUGGUUAAACCGGAACCACCACCGCGCCCAGCGUCCAAACCCAAACAGCGACCGUCCAAAGCCAAGGCCGAGCCCCCUCCAAAGAAGAGGAAAAAGUGGCUGAGGGAGGUGGCCUCGUCUUCGGAAUCAGACUCCACGCCCAACCAGCAAAGUGAGGAGGAACGGAUCCCCACUGGCCGAAUCCUGAACACCCGGGCAAUGAAGGAGAUGUACAAGAGCUAUAUUGAGCUGCUGGUCAGUGCGGCUCUCGACCCAGCCAUGAUCGAGACGAUCGAAGCCAACAACGAUGAACUUUAUUUACCCACCAUGAAGAAGAUCGAUGGCAUCUUAACGGAACACAAGAAGCGUGUGACAAAAAGAGUGUCUCUUAGCUCGUUGCUCCAGGAAGGAUUGCAGACGUUCCCUCAGCUGGUUGUGGAGGAUUGCGACGCCGAGCACAGGAACGCCCCCGCCAGCUCAGUGAAGCUAAAAGUGGCCGGCACCCCCUACAACAGGAAGACCCUCAACCAGCUCAAGAAGAAUGUACAGCGGCCGCAGGAUUUUCAAGUGGAGGCCGAGAAACUGCAGUUUUACACCUUGUUCCAUUCUCUUCAUCACUACAAGUACCACACGUUAUUGCACUGUAAGGAGCAGACGGACACCCUGUCGGAGGUGAAUGAGGACCUGGGGCAGGAGGAGAUCGUGCAGCAGUGCAUGCGCAACAUGGCGUGGCUGGAGAAGCUCUUCGACUCUUUCUGCGAGCUCCUCACCCAGGUUCAGCAACAGUGCGCGUGACCGCCCCCUCACCCCUCACCCCACCCCAGCCGCCGCAGACAUGACCACUCUCCUCUCUCGUACUCUCUCCUCCUUCCUUGCCUCUCUCUGGCCCCACCCCAUCCACCCGCCCCUCCCCAUCACCAUCUCCCAGGGGUUGGUGGGAAGAGGAGGCCACUGGUGACUGCCCGCAGUGACGCCCCUUUUGCCAGAUUUAAUUUUUCCCGUCAUCCUUGCAACGCUGCUGACGAUUUUUCAGUUAGGACUGUUCAGAAGUUACCGUUUGCUUUUUAAAAAAAAAAAAAAAAAAAAAAAAAAUCCCCUUUCUUUAAGAAAGCUCCAUAGCUGACACUGGUUCCCCCUGUCCCAGCCAGCACCCGUGGGUGCCCGGGGGAGGUGGGGUGAAAUUAAUGCCCCGCUGAGGCAGUGGGUACUGCUCCGAGCCCACUUUCAACGGCCUCGACUCAGUUGUCACUCCUCUCCGUGCCCCUCACUCAUCCCAACCCAUAUAUUUAUAUCCCAUCUGCUAGGUCCCCGUUUCCCCCCCUCCCUUGCCCAUAUCGCCACUCUGCACCCAUCCAUUUCCCAACUCUGGCCUCUUGUCACCCCUCCAUUGCCCCUCUGUCUGCCCUCCUCCCAUUAUCCCUUUCCCCUGCCCCUGUCAUCCUAUUCCCCUCCAUCACCCACCUCUCUCCCACCCUUGUUGCCCCCUCUCCCCAUUGCCCCACUGCUACUCCAUCUCCCACCUCUCCCCCAUCCUUGUUGUCAUUUCAUCACUCAACCCUCUGCCCCUAUAGUCCCUCCUUCACCCCUCUCUCCCUCCCAUUGGUCUGUCCCUCUCACUGUAGCUCCUUUCCCACCACCACUCACCCACGCCUUCCUUCUGCCAAUUGCCCUGGGGGGUGGGGGGGUGGUUUGGGGACCUGGGGGUUGGGUUUCCAUUUGGUUCUAGCUGGAUGAGGGCUUGACUGAAGGAACAGGGUGAGGCUUGAACUGUGAGAUGGGGCGGUGGGGCUGGUCACGUUGAAGCCCCUGUCUGCAGGGAUUUCAGACUCUCUUCCUGCUGCCUUUCCCAGCUCUCCCACGCCCCACCCAUUCCCAUUCCAGUACUGUCACGUCCACGUGGCAGCCCCUCCCUCACCAGCACAGGUGGCGGUCAGUAGCCCAAGCUGUGGUUGAGAGCUCUUUCUACUGUCCCACCCCGGACCCUUUGGAAGAACCUUCAACCCAACCAUAAGCAGUGCAAUUGAAAUCAUCAGGAGUUCCUGGGUAACUGUUGAAGAAGGGUUGGCUGCUGUGGCUGGGUCCUCUUUGUAGACACCUUCAACUGCUGACCUUUGAAGACCAUUCCUACUUCUCCCUGACCCCUCCCCACCCCUUCUUCCAGAGAGCUGGCUGGUCUAGGUGCUGGGUGACCUUUCGAUCUCCCCCC